UCUUCGUCAGUUUAUAUCAUCAUCAUCAUCAUCAUCAUCGAGCUAGGUUUUUCGUCACACUUGAACGCGCAGUCCUCGGAGCUAUACCUCUCUGCAUGUCUCCCCAUCUCCUAGGGUUUAUUAAACAGCUGCCAAUUGCCAUUGAAUCUAUCUCCCUCUCUCCUAGGGUUUCUUUGAUCGACUGGACGAUCAAGGUUUUCAAAUUACCCUCCAGAAAUCAUCACAGGCUCGGAAUUUUUUCUGGGUUUUAUGUAUCCCUCGCUCGCGCCCUGAAUGCAAUUUUCUCUUCUAGGGUUUUUUAUUUGAAUAGUUUUGUGAAGCAAUUUUCUCUUCACUGGUCUCUUUUAGUAAUUUUCUCUCCAAGGGUUCAUUUUAUUUGGUUUGGUUUUGAGGGUUUUGUCAGAAGCUAGAAGAUCACUGGUCUCUUUAGGGAAUUUUAUACUACCGUUAGGCCUUAAGUGGCCAUGGCAUCAUACAGGCCGUUCCCUCCCCCGCCGCAAUCGACUUUCGGCCCGCCGCCCAAUCAGAAUCCUCUCCCUCCACCACCAAUGGCCCCACCGCAACCUCGUGCAAACCAGUAUUCUCAGAAUUGGGGUGGAUCUUUCAGUUCUCAGAAUUAUAACCCUAACCAGUAUUCUCAACAUGGGGGUGGUUACGGGUCGUUGCCACCGCAGUAUCAAUACCCAUUGCCACCGCCUCCACCCGAGUCUUCGUACCCGCCCCCACCACCGAUGAACUUACCACCUACACAGGGUUCGAUGUACUACCCAUCAUCCCAAUACUCCCAAUUCAACCACCAGUCAUUGCAGCAACCACCGCCUCCACCACCGCCACCUCCUUCCUCCCCUCCUCCGAGCUCUAUGUUUCCUCCCCCUCCCCCGCCCCCUCCAUCACAACCUCCAUCUCCUCCGCCACCUCCUUCAACGGCUCCAAUGGGUGGUCGGGCAAAGGAAAGUAGAGGACAUGGUGAAAAGGGGGCACCCGCGAAACAGCAUAAUAGGCCUCCUGUUCCCCCAAUGGCAGUGAAGAAAUCUAAUGGGGGCAGGAUUGAGACGGAGGAAGAGAGGAGGUUGCGGAAAAAGAGAGAGUUGGAGAAACAAAAACAUGAAGAGAAGCAGAGACAGAGUCAACAGUUGAAGGAAUCGCAGAACACAGUGCUGCAGAAGACGCAAAUGUUGUCUUCUGGGGCGAAGGGGCAUGGGUCGAUUAUUGGGUCACGGAUGGGUGAGAGGAGGACUACCCCACUUUUGAGCGGUGAGAGAGCUGAAAACCGGUUAAAGAAGCCCACAACAUUCAUCUGCAAGUUGAAAUUCCGGAAUGAGUUGCCAGAUCCAACUGCACAACCAAAGCUUCUUUCUUUGAGAAGAGACAAAGAUAGAUUCUCAAAAUACACAAUUACAUCUUUGGAGAAAAUGCACAAGCCUCAAUUAUAUGUUGAGCCGGAUCUUGGAAUACCACUUGAUUUGCUUGAUCUCAGCGUAUACAAUCCUCCCAAGGGAGAAAGGUUACCCCUUGAUCCAGAAGACGAGCUGUUGUUGCGAGAUGAUGAUCCAGUGACCCCUGUCAAAAAAGAUGGCAUUAAAAGGAAAGAGCGGCCUACUGAUACAGGCAUGUCUUGGCUCGUUAAAACACAGUACAUCUCCCCUCUUAGCAUGGAAGCAACGAAACAGUCUCUGACUGAGAAACAAGCAAAAGAACUGCGAGAAGCAAAGGGAGGCCACAACAUUUUGGAGAACUUCAAUAACAGGGAAAGGAGAAUCAAGGAAAUUGAGGCUUCAUUUGUGGCAUGCAAGUCGCUACCUGUCCAUGCAACAAAUAGCAAGCUGCAGCCAGUUGAAGUUUUGCCAUUACUCCCUGAUUUUGAACGGUAUGAUGACCAGUUUGUUGUCGCUACUUUCGAUAGCGCUCCUACUGCUGAUUCAGAACUGUACAGCAAGUUGGACAAAUCUGUGCGUGAUGCCCAUGAAUCUCAGGCCAUCAUGAAAAGUUAUGUGGCAACAGGCUCGGACUCAGCUAAGCCAGAUAAAUUCUUGGCCUAUAUGGCACCAUCACCAGAUGAGCUAUCAAAGGACAUGUAUGAUGAGAAUGAAGAUGUCUCAUUCUCGUGGAUCCGGGAGUACCAUUGGGAUGUACGAGGUGAUGUUGCUGAUGACCCGACAACGUAUCUUGUGGCAUUUGGUGAAUCAGAAGCGCACUACGUGCCUCUUCCGACAAAGCUUAUUUUAAGCAAAAAGAGGGCAAAAGAAGGAAAAUCUAGUGAUGAAGUUGAGCAUUUCCCAGUACCUUCAAGAGUAACUGUAAGGCGGAGAGAAACUGUUUCUGCGGUGGAAUUGAAAGAAUCAGAGAGUUACCCAGCUUUGAAAAGGGGAGUGAAAGACCUUGAGGAUGGCCUUGAGAGACAAGACAAGGUUGUGGAUGACCAAGACAUGGAUCACUCAAGCGAAGGAGAAUACAUGUCUGAUUGAUUUCUGGUUAUGCUGGGUUUUUUUUUUUAAAUACAGGACAGAAAUAAGAGAAAUGGAUAGAAGUUAAAGACGGUUACAAACAUUGUUUGUAAUGUUUGUAUGUAGGUAUAUUUUUUCAUUUGUAGUACUCAAUUUUCCCCAGCAAUGACGUUUUGUUUUCUUUCUCUGGUUAGGUGAUUCUUGACCAAUUUCUUACAAUGUAGAACUUUUCCGGAGAGAUGAAUAGGGUAAGCAGUCUGUCUUUUUGUGAAAAUGUAGAUAUUGACGGCCUUAAGCUUUGGAGUGUGACUGUAUUUGAAUUUUUUUU